AUGUUGACAGAAAACUUGUGUCAGUGGAUCGUGUUAGACAACGUACAAAGUGAAGUUUGGUCAAAAGCGGUGGAGGUUAAGGAUGUGGAAGAAUGCAAAUCUAAUUGUCUGAACGAUAGUAGUAAAUGUUUUUAUGGGUUUCAAUUUGAAGAAAGCAGAAAAAAAUGUUUAAUAGCUGCUGACGGUAACAUCAAACUUUCAAAUGAAAGUGGUUUAAUUCAACAUUUCAUUCCAUCGUGCAGGAAUAAUCCCAGUGAAUUUUUAGGCACAAUAGCCUACGGAAAAGCAGAAAACAAAUUAACAAUUGUGUCUUUUAAAAACACCACGCUGUCUAAUUUGAUUUCAAAAAACAUUCCAAACCACGAUACGUGUGAAAGCGAAUGUUUGAAAUCAUUUGAAACUGACUGCAAGUAUGGCUUUGUGUUUGCCAAAGAAGAGGUUGAUGAAAAAAAGUGUCAGUUUGUGGAUGGUGCUUACACUCAGGUAACAGAACUAUGGACGAACUUCAUUUCAGUAUUCAAUAGAAGAAUCAUGUCUAUACCGUAUCAAAGAACAAAAAAGAUGUUUGCUAACGCUUCAUUGAACAAAUUCAAAAAUCUUUUUUUUUUAUUAAAACUUAAAAAGUCAUUUAAUACUAUAAUAUUCUAA